AUGUAUGUGCACAUUCAGCUCGGAUAGAUAGCGGUCACGAUAACAAGCUGAUUCCUAUCUAAACUGUAACAGGUGCACAGCAGCGCAGAACAGGCGUCGCAUUGUGUUACCGAGAUAUAUUCCAUUGAUAAGGGGCCCUCGGGAGAGCAAGCACGGUGAGCGCACUGUGAGCAAAGCUCGAGGAGAGCUUCAACGUGAUAGCAGGAGAGCUUCGACGCCGACAUUGACGGCGACAUGGGCAUCGACUCUCUGUCGCUCGCGCUCGGCUCGAUCUACGCGCGGCUCGAGUUUCAAUUUAUUCAAUUUACCGUUAUAACAGCAAUUGAUGAAAUCGCCGACUACGGCAACGGCGACGGCUACGCCAUCGGCUACAGCGACAGCGACGACGUCAACGACUACAACAGAAGCAAAAACAAAGACAGAGACAAAAAGAGCAACAAGUCGGCUGAUUAAUUCGCCAUCGGCUUUACGGUGCAGCCGCACCACAUCCGCCGUCUCAUCCUGGCUACACGAGCUCGCCCAGCAGGGCGAGCAUGAGCCGACAUCGGCAAUCCUCAACUACUGCAAGCGCAAGUUCCUGCGCCCUUAUGUGGCCAUCCUGACCAUGGUUGGGCUCAAUCCCAUUUCUACGGACAUGAGCACUGUGGGCGCCUGCAGCAGCUACGUCCAGGCCCUGAUGGUUUUUUUUGUCCUCCUGGCGGGCUACGUGCUGCGCUACCUGUGUGGCUAUCGUGGGGAUCGCGGCUUUAGCAGCUACCGGGACAUCCGACCCGGCGGCUACAGCAACGGAAGCGACGUCUGCGGCUCCGCCUCUGCCAGCAGCACGCCCAACACAAUUGGGGAGUUACUCUUCGGCUAUGUAGUGCCCAGUGCUCUCAACCUGCUGAGCUUCGUUUCAGCGGUGCUCGUAUGCAAGGUGAUCGAGCACGAGCAACUUCAGAAUCUCAUCGAGCGCGUGUUCCUGCUGUCCGCCAAGCCCAAGCGACUCUGCCGCAUGCUCUGGCUCUAUUUAGGCGUGGCUCUGGCUCUGCUGCUGCUGCUCUUUGGCUACGCCUGCUGCGUGGUGUUCAUGCAGCAAUCGCAUAUAAUCAAGGUGGACUGGCUGGCCGAGGCGCUGCGCGACUGGGAGCUCUGGCUGCGCCUCGGUCUGCUGAGCACCAUUUUGCUGCAGGAUCUAGUGGAGAUCAUUGUGCUGAGCAGCUACUACAUUGAAUGCUAUUUGCUGCGCGUGCAUCUGGAGACGCUGUCGCACAAGCUGCUGAUGCACUCUAUAGAUUCGCUGGACUGGAUGCGCGAGAUCCUGGAGUUCCGCAAGCUGCUCGAGCGCGUGAACCAACACGUCUCCAUACCCGUUUGUUUCCUGAUCGUCAUGAAUCUGGCCUACGCAUUUGCGGGGCUCGUCUACCUGUUCAAGGACUUUGACUUUCACUACUGUGCCCUGAAGAUGGUGCUCCUGAACAUCGCGAAUGUUAUGAUAUGGCUCUUCCUAGGGCUGCUACCGUUCUUUGUUGCCGGAUCCGUGACGCGCGUCUGCCAGAACGCCCAAGCAAACGGACACCAAAUCCGGGUCCGUCCCUUUGUAUAUCACAAUACCUCCGCUGAGGAUCUCAACUCGACGUUGUUGUUCGCCUCCUCGUUAGACAUGUCCGCCAAGCUCUUCCGCAUGCCCAUCCAGUCCAACUAUCUGUGCUUCGCAAUACUCGUGGUGACCAUCGUGGUCCUCACCCUGGGCAUGUGCCUCAAUCUAAGCGUCUUGGGCAAAUUCUGAUACAGUGAACCGUUAGUAUAUUAAUAAUUCCAAUAUCGAAUAUAUCAAAUAUAUUUAUAAAUGUAAUGGAAUUUAGCAUUAAUCAUGGUUUACGCGUAGCAUAGAUUUAAGAUUAAACUGUCUUGAACUUAGUUAAUUACUUUAUUUACAAAUUACGCUUGGGCUCAUCUCACCUUGUUUCUUAUGACUUUUGUUAUGCGAUUGCUU